GUUAGCAAACGCUUUACAAUACAGCAAGAUGUUCAAGAUUCUGCUCCUCGCCGCCCUCUUCGCUUACGCCUGCGCCGAUAAUAUCGACAAAGACGCUCAAGUGCUGAGCUUCAAGAACGAUGUCGCCGAUCCCGAGGGUAACUACGCGUACGCCUUCGAAACGAGCAACGGAAUCCAACAGCAAGAGGCCGGCAAUCCAGUGGGCGUAGCUGGCCAAUAUGAGUAUGUGUCACCCGAAGGCGAAAGGGUGUCCAUCAGUUAUACAGCCGAUGAAAAUGGUUUCCAACCUACCGGUUCACAUAUUCCCACACCACCACCAAUUCCAGAAGCCAUAGUGCGCGCUUUGGAGUACAUUGCAGCGCAUCCCUCUGCCGCAUAAAACGUAAGACAGUAGAUGGAAAGUAUGUAGAAGAUUUGCAGUUGAAAAAGGGCUGUGCUGCAAAUAGUGGGAAGUGAUGUUUAGCAUAAUAUAGAGAGGCCAUGUUGGAAGCUAAUGAAUUGCAUUGAUGAAUUAUUUAAUAAAUAUAUAAAUAAUAAAUAAUAGUUACCUAGUCAAUCUAGUUUUCUAAUAGGCAAUGGGAUGCAUUUUCCAAGCUCUUCUUGCUACACUACUAAAGUACAUAGCGUUGCAUACAUGCAUGCAACAUAUAUCUAUGAGUACAUAUGUAUAUAUUGUAUAUAAAAAAUAGCGCAUAAAGAGCCAUUCUUUCAUAACAAUAAAAAACAUGCAUACAUACAUAUGUAUUGAUUAAAGAGCAAACAGACAUUGACGCGGUACUAAAACGUGUUUAAUUUAAGCGAGUUUCAUAUAUGUACAUAAAUACAUACACACAUACAUAUGCAUAUUUUACUACUGUAUUAAUUAAAUCAUAUUUAGAAUACAAUUGCAACAAAGUUUUCCUCAUAGAAAAAGGAAAUAUGAA